AUGCUUGAAGUGCAGGAGUGCUACAUAAAGGAAGAAAUGAUGAAUCUUAGGAACGAACGACUCCAUGCGCAGGAAGAGGUGAAGCGAAUUCAGUCCGUGCCGUUGGUCAUUGGUCAGUUUCUGGAAGCAGUUGAUCAGAAUUACGCCAUCGUUGGAUCAACGACGGGAUCUAAUUACUACGUACGGAUUUUGUCGACUCUGGAUCGCGAACUCCUGAAGCCUGGCUCCAGCGUCGCCUUGCACAAAUACAGCAAUGCGCUGGUGGACAUUCUGCCUCCUGAAGCUGAUUCCAGCAUCGCUAUGUUGCGACCAGAUCAAAAACCGGAUAUCACUUACUCCGAUAUUGGUGGCCUUGACGCACAGAAGCAGGAAGUUCGGGAGGCAGUUGAGUUGCCUCUGACGCAUUAUGAACUUUAUCAGCAGAUCGGCAUCGAUCCUCCGCAAGGCGUGCUACUGUACGGGCCCCCUGGUUGCGGCAAAACCAUGCUAGCGAAGGCGGUAGCCCAUCAUACGACAGCGUCCUUUAUUCGCGUCGUUGGCAGCGAAUUCGUGCAGAAAUAUUUGGGUGAAGGGCCGCGGAUGGUGCGCGACGUGUUUCGCCUGGCCAAGGAAAAUGCGCCUUCCAUCAUAUUCAUAGAUGAAAUCGAUGCGAUCGCCACGAAGCGCUUUGACGCACAGACCGGAGCCGACAGAGAAGUGCAGAGAAUCUUGCUUGAACUGUUGAACCAGAUCGAUGGCUUCGAUCGCAACACGAACGUGAAGGUCAUAAUGGCAACGAACCGCGCUGAUACUCUGGACCCCGCUUUGUUGCGUCCUGGCAGACUGGACCGAAAGAUCGAGUUUCCGCUACCUGAUCGUCGCCAGAAACGACUAAUUUACUCUACCAUUACGUCGAGGAUGAACCUUGCCGACGAA